AUGCCUAAUGUAAUCCGCACUGUAACUCGCUCAACCAUGAUUAACCAGUAUUUGAUGUUCUGCAAAGAAGAGAAUGUAGAGCCACUGAGUCGCGCGACGUUGUUUCGGAUCCUCCAAGUAAGAGAAGCCUCACAGCAAAAGUCGUUGUGUGGUGUCGACAAUACAGCAGCGGAUGGCUCAGCUGGUUUUAAGAAACUUUGUAAAAUUGUGGAUGAUCUACAGGAACUAGGGCAAGAUGAUAAUUGGUCAAAAGCUAUAAAGAAGUCUCUCUUAGAUGGCAAACGUUAUUUAAAAACGCAAUACCGUAAUCAUUGCCAAGAAUCCGAGAGCCCUUGUCCUGGUCAUUGCUUGAAGUUCGGGCUUAGUGAUCCCAAAAACGCAGACUUGAAGGAAACCUGCGCGCAUGAACAUACAACACGUUGUAACCAAUGUGAUAACAUUUCUACAUGCACCAACAAAAUAGAGCGAGCUAUCAAACAUGAAGGCCUCACGUUUUACAGUCAGGAGCAACAAGAAGACAUCGUUUCUGAUUUUGAGCAAGCUGUAAAAGCUAGGAAAGCACAUGUCAUGCGGACAACAAAUCAAGAACGCGCUAAACAAGAUGUUCUUGCAAAGCUUGACUCCAGUUCACGGUUGGUCGUCAUGGAUUGGGCGAUGAAGUUUCUACAAUUAACGAAAUUACUACCAUUACAUCUCACGACAGUAAAAUCUAUUUUGCAGCGAAGGAAGUGGCACUUGCAUUUGGAUACAUUGACACACGCAGUGCCGUCGCCAGACAUACGGAUAUAAGAUAAAGGAUUACACUUGGGAAUAUAAAGGGAGAGGUGACUUCUUGCGUCUGUAAACUUUUUGCUCCUUGUCCUACGAUACUCCAUCGAGUUUUCGCUUGCGAUCCAAGAACGGAAUACACAUAGACUUCGAGAGAUUUCUGGAAUAAUUGUUGCCCCAAUUUCGUUAAUCCACGCGAUGUUUUUGGAAUGAAAAUUUUGUGGACGUUCAUGAUAUCCAACGGCGAUCUUCCCGUUAAAUAUUCAUACUCGAUGUACUUCUACCGUAUCGGGUUCGUACAUAAUGUUGGCGUCGGAUUUUACGACGGACGUCGGCAGGUAAUCCGUAAUACCACGUUCCCACAUUGCGAGGAUAACGUUCGUCUUUCCCACGUUUCAUGAACGGGUGUGUAUUUUCGGAGGAUGAAAAUAUCAUCCUCGGUUAAAUAAUGAUCAAGUAAUUUUGGAUUUUUCAUAAAUUUUUCCAUUUGGUAAUGAACGUGAAAUUUCACGAUCGCCGUGACGAGAUGAGAAUUGGAAAUGGAAUUAUUGAGAUGAUCUUCGGAAAUUCCGGAUUUAAACGAGGAUACAUAACAAGCUGCCAACGAACAAAAAUAAGAAUUCGUAUGGUAAUCAAACGGAACUAAAUCCAGAAAUUUUUCUGUCGUAGUAUACUGCGGUGUCGUGUAUUCAAGGUGGACGGGAAAAUAUUCUGUUUCCGACACGUAAAUUUUAAAUGUGUGCAAGUUCAUCGAAAAUUCCUGAUUCGGACGAAACCUGGCGUCGGACGCAACGUUACGCCAUCCGUUCAUCCAAAAUAAAUAUUUCGUCCAGUCUGGAUUCGUACGAAAUGUAUCGGACGUGAUAUCGUAACUCGUGAGAUCGUCGACCGUGUAAAAAAUCUGUUUGGAAUCCAGAAAUCCAUCUUUCGCGAACGUGAUUUCAAAAUUAAACUUGGAUAAAGUCGCGUUGGGAUAUUUUUUCAGGAAAUUCUUCUUCAUUUUCUGGAUUUCCAGGGGAAAUGCGGCUUUCACCUUCUCGUAAUUUUUUCCGUAAUAAUUCCGGAAUAUCUGUUCUUCGUCCAUUAAAUUUAUAUAACGUAAAGUUCCAUUAAAACAUUCCCCGGUAUGAUUCCACGGAUAUUAGAUUUCACAUCGAAAUGAAGGUCGUGGUAAAUCCCCGCAUCGGCACUGACUUGGCUUUCGAUGUCGUUGUAUUUAGUCGUUGUUCCAAACAAAGGUUUUGUUCCGUCGAUGGGAAGCGACGUAAUAAUAUGACUGGGAAACCCAACCGAAUCUAUAUUUCGGGAUCGGUUCGCUAAAUUACAUCCGACCGUUAAAUAACGUAAUCGUUCGUGAAUAUCGACGAUACGAUCACUUUUAUGCGUCGUGGAAAAUGUAGCGUAACCUAACAAAUCUCCGAGUCGCCAUAAAUUUAAAGAUUUUAUUCCAUUCGUGAAUCCGAUCUUAAUUCGGUCGUCGGGAAAUUCUUCGACGGUUAGUCCUUGUCCUUCCAUCAUCUUUCGUAAAUUUUUAAAAGUCCAAUAUCCUUCGUCCAACAUGACUUUUUUCCCGUCGAUGGAAAAAAUAGUCGUUGUAUCCUUUUCGAAUAUUCCGAUAAUUCCAAAAGACGGCCGCUGUGUUUACGUACAACUUGGAUGCAUGC